AGGAAAGGGUGAGGAGAGACCGCCGCCAGCGCACACUUAUGAGCCCGCCCGGCCGUUCCCACGUGCGCUCGGACUUGUCGGCUUCUCCCGCCGGGCUCUCUCUCCUCCUCCCGGCCACCUCCAGCACCCCGCCGUCGCCGCGAUGCCCAAGCGCAAGCGGCCCGACGCCGACGCCGACGCUGAGCAGAACGCGCUGCUGCCCCAGAAAAGACACUAUCGCCAGCGGGCGCACGCGAACCCCUUCUCUGACCACGCACUCAGCUACCCGUCCUCCCCGCGCGCCUUCAACUGGGCCGAGCUCUACCCCGCGUUCGCAGCCUCGGCCAAGACCCCCGAGUUCGCAGACGUCGGCUGUGGCUUUGGCGGUCUCCUGAUCGCACUCGCCCCUCUAUUCCCGGACACCCUUAUGCUCGGCAUGGAGAUUCGUGUCCAGGUCUCGCAGUACGUCCAGGACCGCAUCGCCGCCCUCCGCGCCACAUCUGCCCCCCAGCCCGGCAGCACGUCUCCGGCCCCGUACCAGAAUGUCUCUAUCGUGCGCGCCAACUCCAUGAAGUUUACGCCCAACUACUUCCCCAAGCACUCCCUCUCUGCCAUGUUCUUCCUCUUCCCCGACCCCCACUUCAAGUCGCGCAAGCACAAGGCCCGCAUCAUCUCGCCCACGCUGCUCGCGGAAUACGCCUAUGUCCUCAAGCCCGGUGGCAUCGUGUACACGAUCACCGACGUCCAAGAUCUGCACGAGUGGAUGAAGACCCACCUCGAGGACUUUCCGCUAUUCCAGUACGUGAGUGAGGAAGAUCUCAGAGGCGAGGGCAAGGGCCCCAUCCUCGACGCGGUCUAUGCCAGCACGGAGGAGGGGAAAAAGGUCGAGCGCAAUAAGGGCGACAAAUGGCUCGCGUGCUUUCGGAGGAUCGAGGUGUCGAGGGACUGAGCAGCAUUUGUACGAUUGCCCAUCUGUUGUAGCCUUAGACCAGCAUACCACGGAAGUCAAAAACUCAUUUUG